AUGGCAUCCUUGUUUCUCAAACUACUGCUUCUUGUCACCACAAUGCUGCUCGGUACAGUCAACUCUCAGAUCGAUCUAACCACCUACCAGCUCUUGACUGAGGACGAGCUCGAAUGGCCUUGGAUUAUGUCGGGUACUGAAGAAGGUAGGAAUGGCAUUGACAGGAGAUCACUUUAUAGGAAACACAUUCGAUAUUACAUUUCGUAUGGUGCACUCUCGGCUAAUAGGAUUCCAUGCCCGCCUCGUUCGGGAAGGUCUUAUUACACACCGGAUUGUUUCAAAGCUAGAAAGGCUGUUAAUCCUUAUACCAGAGGCUGCUCUAGGAUCACUCGUUGCAGGAGGUAA